AAACCAAACGUAGUCGUUUUCAGAGGGGGAAAAUUGGGAGAGCGUGCGAGAGAAAGAAACGACAGUAGCGGGUGGUAUAAAAGAGUGGCUACAUUUCUUGAAGAAAAGGACAUGAGUGAGAAAACGUCACAGCCAGCGAUGUCGGAGGAAGAUUUGGAUUUCGAGAAGAAGGUUUCGAUAAAGGAGACGAUGGAGGUUGAUCCAUCCAAAGUCCUUGUAGUCCUUCGCGAUUUCCUCGCAAUUCAGCAACGCAGGGCCGAAGCAUAUUCCAAGCUCAAAAGGGGGUUUUCUGACUACAUGGCUAAUGGAGGGGAUUUGGCUUAUCAGCAGCUUUGCGGUGAAAUAACAGUAGAGUUUAGUGAUUGCUCGAAAAAAGUCCUUGAAAUGGAGGCAUUGUUUAGGAGCUCUGAUUAUUGCCGGGAAGAUCUAGCAAAGCUUCUUAGAGCUGUUCAAGAUCAAGAAAAGCAGAAUCUGUUUCUGACUGUCACCAUUCAGAAGUUAAAGAAAGCAGGUCGCCCAUCUGAACGUUUGGUGAGCCAUGAGAAUUGCAAAUUUACAAAACCAACGGAGCAUGAGUGUGUUCAUGUUCAGGAGAUUACUGAAGCUUCUGGAACUGAAGAAGCAGAAGCAGAUGCUGAGUAUGACAAUGCUCUAAAUGAAGCUAUUAGAGGUGUUCAGGAUGUUGUGAUGACCAUCAAUGAACACCUAGAAGAAGUCAGAUAUGAAAUUGCUGCCCUUGAAGCGGAGUGAUUCUUUUCGUCGACGUUUACUUAAAUAAUAGUGACUAACUAUGAUUCACAUUCAUUUGCUCAUUUGCGGGUGAAUGGAUAGGUCCAGACGAAAAUAUCUCUGCAAUCCGUGAAAUGUAUAUAGACACCUGAAAAGAAAUGCAGUUCAUGAAUAUUGUCGGUCGCCAA